AAUCUCUCUACUAAUCUCUGUCAUUAUCUGCCUCGCUUGAGUUGAAAUUCUUCAACUGCUAUAACGCCAAGGAUUAGUCACUCAUACAAUAAGCAGUGAAGCAGCACUUUCCGUUUAUUUGUUGACUCAAUUGGUAUGAUAUCAUAGGUUGAUAACAUUAAUCGUCCAACUUCUAAAUAUCCAUGUACUAACGACUGACAUUGAAGGAAGAUUAUAUGUUCGUUGUUGUUUCGUCACGAUGAUUUUCUUACGAAUUCUAACGGCACUCUUGGCAAUUCAUGUUUCCAAGGCAGCUAACGAAAAAAACGCUGAGAUUGGGCAGUUUCCCUACUACGUGCACAUUGCAAGUUCCACAAAUCUAAUGAAUGGUUGUAAAGGAGCACUGAUUGCCAGAGAUUAUGCUUUAACGUCUGCCAUAUGCAUGAGGAGUAUAUUACCGAAUGAGUUAAUCGUUAUUGCUGGUAGCGUCACACUAGAUGAAGAUGAUAUGCAAAAGAUUCCAGUCGAUGAUACUUUUUUUCACAAAAAUUUUACCAACAACGAAAAUGAUACUAAUUUCGACGUAGCCAUCGUUAAGUUGACUCAAAAAGUAAAUCUCAGUGAGUCUGUGAAUGUCAUAAGCCUGCCUGGUUUCGAUGCCACUAUUUUAGAAAAUAAGAAAAUGACGUUGGUUGGUUUACACUACAACGACAAACUGCGCCUGCAGUUUUCAACUGUUCAUGUCAUCGACAACAACACUUGUAUGGAACAGUUGAGGGAAACAUCGUUUCCUGUGCUCCACGAAUCGCAAUUCUGUGUCAAUCGCGUUGAAGCGAAAAAUCAAUUCGACAUUCCUCUGGGCGACCUUUUAGUUUGGACCGUCGAUUCGGAGUCAAUUAUCGUUGGAACAGUCUGUAAGAACAAACUUGCUGUAACUAAAAUUUUCACUUACAUAGAUUGGAUUACAGAUGUAACAAAGAGUAAUUUAUCCAUCAUCACUAUGCCGGCUGACAACAACAGUGCCUUUGAGAUCACGUGUAAUCGUACCGUGUUUGCGUUAAUUGUUGCAACGAUUUGUGUUGCCAGGUAUUUUUUUGACUGAUUUGUACAAACGAGUGUAGUUUUAGAUUAACCUCGAAAAAAUUUUAUCACCAGUAUUGGCGCAAGCCAUUACAGGUGGACGCAUUCUUUCAUUUAUGUUACCCUGUGGUGUGUGUUUAACGGAAAAGGCAAUAGAUUUAUUAGAAGGGUUUUAUAAGCCAACGUGACUGUAGCAAAUGAAAAAAAAAAGUUCUUUUUCCUACCUUAGGACGUUUUUAGGUGAAUAAGCUCCAUCCAACCGAGGCUACCCUACGGUGUACGAUCCCUCGAACAGCAAAGUAGCCCCAUCGGCUAUGGCGCUUCUAUGACGAAAACUACUAUAUUUGAGCAAAAAUUAAAGGAAACAUGAUUUAACACCAUCUCACCUCAUCCAACCACCAACUUCAUGUAUUAAAUUUUACAUAUCGUGCUUUAUUGAAGAACAAUUCAUUGAGCUCGACUAAAGACUAAGGGUGUGAUAUGUUAUUAAAAUCCAAGAACAAUUUGUAAAUGUCUAUACAUUGGUAUACAUAUUCUUGUACCGAUACA